UCCAAAAGAAAAAGCUCUCGCCCGAGACACGUUUCCGAUAUCUUUGUUGUUACCAUUUACGUUUGGGUUCUGAAGCAGAGAUGAUGAAGGGUUCGAGGAUGGCCGGUCAGCUGCUGAAACAGCUCGGCCCACGGUUCUUUUCCACGGUAACCCUGGGCGAACCGGCUACAGAGAUUCUGACCAACGGGACUUGUUCUAGUUUCUUCCACACAACUACAACGAAAACGGGUGUACCAGUACGAACCAGCAUGGCUUCGGUCAGGUUCCCAGCGGUUGGUGUACGGCAUAGAAGUACCAUAGCCAUGAACAAGGAAGGGGAAGAGAAAGAAGUGAAAACCGGUUCUGGUUCAACCGGGGUUGAACCGGAGGAGAAGGCGAUGAUCACUAGCUUCUGGGGGAUAUCUCCUUCUAAGGUCACUAAGGAGGAUGGGACGGACUGGAAGUGGAGCUGCUUCAGGCCAUGGGAGACGUACAAAGCGAAUACUUCAAUAGAUCUGAAGAAGCACCACAUCCCAACUACGUUAUUGGAUAAAUUAGCUUACUGGACUGUCAAGACUCUAAGAUACCCAACUGAUCUCUUCUUCAAGACACGAUACGAUAGCCGGGCUAUGUUGCUUGAAACAGUGGCAGCCGUGCCAGGCAUGGCUGGAGGAAUGCUUUUGCACCUAAAGUCCCUCAGGCGAUUCGAACACAGUGGAGGAUGGAUUAAAGCUCUGUUAGAAGAAGCAGAGAACGAGCGAAUGCACCUUAUGACUUUUCAAGAGAUUUCUCAGCCGAGAUGGUUCGAUCGAGCUCUUGUCUUCGCAGUUCAAGGAGUGUUCUUCAAUGCUUACUUCCUGGGUUACUUGAUCUCCCCCAAGUUCGCUCACCGAGUAGUAGGAUACUUGGAAGAAGAAGCGAUUCACACCUACACUGAGUUCUUGAAGGAACUUGAUAAUGGUAAUAUCAAGAAUGUCCCAGCGCCGGCUAUCGCCAUCGAUUACUGGCAGAUGGCGCCGGACUCUACACUCCGGGAUGUCGUCGUCGUCUUGAGGGCCGAUGAGGCACAUCAUCGUGAUGUCAAUCAUUUCGCAUCGGACAUACACUACCAAGGACUUGAACUAAGGGAAGCCCCUGCUCCAAUUGGAUAUCACUAAAGUCUUGCAAUGGAGGGACAACAUUGAAUUUAGAGGGGGAAAAAGUUAAGAAGUGAAAAGUUUGAAGCAUAGUAAAUUUGUUUUUAUUUAUUCAUUCAAUGAGAUGUUGAAGAAUAGCAUUUUGUUCCAAUAAAUAUGUUACGAGUUCUUUUUCUAUCUACCACUUUCUUCUUGUAAAUAUAUAAAUUUAUCAAUAAAUGUUGUUGAUUAUUUCGUCAUUUCUGCCCUUCUACUUAAUUUUACCCUUCGUUUUCCAAAUUUUCCUUUGGUUGAUGCUAAGGGCAUCAACUUGACAAAUUUCCUUUGAGUCAUUUUUUGCCAAUACCAAUGAUAUGUAUGAGUAUGAAUCAGCUGAUUCGAUAUUGAUAC